GACCUCAGGAAAAGUCAGUAAGAUGCAAAAGAAGCUUUGGACCAACAGGGAUCUGUUGACUUCUUCAUGAAGUACACAGAAAUAACUAAACCCUGAAAGGUGAAUCUGUAUGUUUACUUUUCUGCUGUGCAGAUGCAGCUUCCUCACAGUACUGUUCAAAAUGGAGAAUGAAGCUUACUUUAAAUUAUGUUAAUGAUAUGGACUUGUCCAGUCAAAGGUAAAAAGUUGAAUUAUGUUACCCUGACCUUUUUUUUUCUCCUUAAAUACACGUUGGCUUAGAUCAUCUGAUUUUAGUUAACUGCGAUGCAUUAUGUGGUUAGUUUACUGCUCUGUCAUUUUUAACCUUACGUGAUGAAGCUUUGUGAACUGAUAAGUGCCAGAUAAUACCAACUCCAGUCAGCAUGAAUUAUGUUUACAUUUUUCUUGUCAUUUCAAAAGCUAUUUUUCCAAAUACAAUUAGAUAUGCAGAUCUGUAUACGCCUACUGUAAAACACAAUGAAAGUGUGCAAUCUCGAAAAAAAGUGAAAUUAUUCCCAUAAUAAGAUCAGAAAGUGUUUGCAUAACUCUCAGCUGCUCAUUUUGUGAAUUUUAGCAUUUUAGUAUGUUGUAAGGAUUAGUAAGGAUGGGGUCAGGAUCUAAUUCUUUCCCCACAGUCUCAGCUUUUAUUAAUAUAAAACAACAUUUAAGAUUAGACAAUCGCUUCUGUGAUGGGAGGAGGCGGCGCCGCACAUAAAUCAAACCAAUCCUCUUCGCUGUACAGACGCGCCCUCCUACUGUAGGUGGAGAGAGACGCCUGCUUUUAGUGUCAGGUUUCCUGAUCUGCUGUCGAGCUCGGUGCGUAAAUCUUGUCAGGAUGUCGUCGACAAUAAAGAAGAUAGAAAUCACUUAUAACUCCAUCAAUGCCAGCAAUACUUUUACAAACGGAGACAUUGUUUCUGGUCAAGUUUCUGUGGAAGCGGCCAAGGAUUGCCAGAUCAGCUCCUUCUACAUCAAGUUUAAGGGGAAAGCUGACGUCUUUUGGACGGAGACCUAUGGUCAGAACACUUAUUCGUACCACGCCAAAGAUAAAUACUUCAGCGUGCGGCAGUACUUCAUCAGAGACCCAAACAGCAAGGAUGACCAGAAAACAUUGAUUGCACACCAAAGUGGAGAAACUUACUCCAACGUUGUGCCUCCAGGAAUCCAUGUGUAUCCAUUCUCCUUUCAAUUCCCUCUCCAGAAUAUUCCCUCCACCUUUAAAGGUGCAGACGGUAAAAUUGUGUACUUGCUGGAGGCUGUUUUGAGCAGGUCGAUGAGGAUGGACAGCAAAGAAUCAACCAUGAUCAACUUUGUGGCAAAAGGAGAUCUGAACCCAGUUUCUGGAUUAAUGGUUCCCCAACAGGAAAGCAAGGAUAAAAGUCUUGCAUUUGGUUCUGGAAAUGUUUCGAUGGACGUCCAUGCAAAGAAAAUGGGAUACAAACUUGGCGAGGCCAUGUACGUCAACAUUCAAAUCAAUAAUGCCUCAAGUCGUUCAGUUAAACCCAAAUUUGAACUAUAUGAGAAGAGGAGCUUCUUCGCUCAGGGUCAACGGAAAGUUCAGACACGCACUAUUCUAAAGGAAAAGUCUGAUGUUGUUGAAGGACGAUCCGGCCAAAAAAUGUUAACGAAGAUUAUCGCCAUUCCCAGAGAGCUUACUCCGUCCAUCCUGAACUGCUCCAUCCUGAAACUGGAAUACAGGCUGAAAGUGUACCUUGAUAUCAAAUGUGCUGCAGACCCAAAGGUUAAACUGCCCAUUGUCAUUCUCCCUGAAGAUAUCAGCAGAGAGUCGGGUGAAAUACAACCACUUCCUCCUGCCAGGUUUGGACUUGAAGCAUUUGGAAACCCAAACCCACAAACCUGGGGCACCACAUCACCAGCGAUGAGUCCUCCACCUCCCUAUGAAGCAUCUGCCAUGUUUCCCUCUUUCCCCUCUGAAUAUAAGACUACCUUGUAAUAUUGUAUUUUUCUUCUGUCGUGACCGCAAUGCUGUUGUACCUGCACUAUUUAUUUUCCACGCUGUGAUUCAACACUCUUGUUAUGUGGAGAAACUUUAAAAAAUAUAUAUAUAUUUCUUUCUAAAUCGUAAAUUAAAUCAUGACACAGAUUUAACAACCUUGACAGUUUUGAAUUACAGUGGACAUAAUUUUAAUAAAGCAGUGCAUUGUUAAAA